CAUUCGCACUCAUCCACUGCAACCUGCAUACUCAUCAGUUCAAACCUGCUGUCGAUCAUCUCUUGCUUCACUACACACUACUACUAGAAUACAAGACCGGCAGUCGCGGCUCGAUCUUUAUUCCUUGUUCAUAGUGCUCGGAGCCGGCGCUUUGAUCUCGGCACAUCGACAGCCAUGUCGCCGUCGAGGAUCGCUUCUUGGCUUGUCCCGGUGAUCCUCUCUGUUCUUGUCGCGUGCACCGUCGCUAACGGUGACCACCGGCUCUCAAUCAGCUACUACGACAAGUCCUGCCCCAGCGUGCAGAGCAUCGUGCAGUCCGUGAUGGCGUCCAGGGUCGCCGCCGACCAGGCGAUUGCCCCCGCAGUGCUCCGCCUCUUCUUCCACGACUGCUUCGUCAACGGAUGCGACGCCUCGGUCCUCCUGGACGACGACGGCAGGCACUUCUUCGAGAGCGAGAAGGCCGCCGAGCCCAACGACUCGCUCCGCGGCUUCGACGUGAUCGACGAGAUCAAGUCCCACCUCGAGCACUCCUGCCCGGCCACCGUCUCCUGCGCCGACAUCCUCGCCCUGGCCUCCCGGGACGCCGUCGCCCUGCUCGGCGGCCCGGCAUGGAACGUGCAGCUCGGCCGCAAGGACUCGCGCGCCGCCGACAAGUACGCGGCCAUGACGGAGCUCCCCAGCCCGAAGGACAACCUCACCGCCCUCGUCCAGCUGUUCGAGAGGUACGGCCUCGACGCCAAGGACCUGGUCGCUCUCUCCGGCGCCCACAGCGUCGGCACGGCGCGGUGCCUCCACUACAGGGAACGCGUCUACGGCUACGACGGCCAGGGCGGCGCCGACGACAUCGACCCCUCGUUCGCGGAGAUCCGCCGGCAGACGUGCCAGGCCGGCGGCGACGACGCCAUGGCGCCGUUUGACGAGCAGACGCCGAUGAGGUUUGACAACGCCUACUACAAGGACCUGAUCGCACGGCGCGGCCUUCUCACCUCCGACCAGGAGCUCUACGGCUGCGGUGGCCCGCUGGACCAUCUGGUGGAGAGGUACAGCAUGGAUGGCGAGGCGUUCGCGAAGGACUUCGCCAAGGCCAUGGUCAAAAUGGGCAAAAUUCCACCACCACCGGGGAAGCCGGUGGAGGUGAGACUCACCUGCAGUAAGGUCAACUAUUGAUGAUAUAUACGGAGGCAAAUGCAAUCGAUUGGAUUGGCUUACAUGCACAAUUCGAUUUAAGUCAAUAAAAGCUGUAGCAAACCAAUUGUAAAAAAAUGACUUUGUUCCAAUUUCUUGUUAUUACU